GCCUUGAUGAGUCAAUGGUGAAGUACAAGGGUCACCUUGCCUUCAGGCAGUAUAUGCCAGCUAAGCCUACCAAAUGGGGUAUAAAAUACUGGUCCCUGGCUGAGGCAACCACGGGCUAUUGUUGGAAUUUCCAGGUAUAUACAGGGAAAGAAAAGACAACGGAGAUGUUGAGGGUGGUUUGACAUCUCGUGUGGUUCGCGAUCUCACUGCAUCCUUGGCCGGAUCGGGGGUGAGUGUAUAUAUGGAUAACUUUUAAACUUCCUUUGAUUUAUUCAACUACCUUUCUGUGCGUGGAAUCAAUGCUUGUAGGACAGAACGAUCCAACAGAAAAAAAUUACCUACACCAUUGCUGCCAAAAAUGUCAAACUUGAGCAACAUUCAUAUCGCUUCGCUGAAUGGGAUGACAUCACCUUCUGCCAUUGGAUGGACACUAAGCCUGUAUUGUUUAUUUCAAAUUUCCAUGGUGCAACUGACAUGGGUAGUGUGCAGAGAAAACCAACCGCUCAAGAAGCCAAUGGUCAGCGUCGCCAGCAAGCAAAGAUAGUGCCCAAGAUCGUUUCAGAUUAUCAGGCCUACUACAAGGGGGUGGACCUUUAUGAUCAAAUGGUUGGCUAUUAUAUGCUCCCUCAUCGAUCCAAGAAAUGGUGGAGAAGAAUGUUUUUCUAUGGGCUCUCCACAGGAGUUCAUAAUAGUUACAUUUGUGCCAAGGCCAACCUCACUCACCAUGAUCUAAAUGAACAACCGUUUUUGAAAUGGGACUCUGAAGGACUUCCAGGAAGACCUUAUUGAACUGUUGAUCGGGGAAUGGCGAUCAGGCCGGGCACCUCCUCUGGCACUUGCUCCUGCAUGCCCUAUUGCUUAUCAUUCCUUGGAACUUUACUAUGAUACAUUCAAAACUUGCCAGGAGUGUAUAGCAAAUGCCAGACCAGG